AUGCCUUCUCCUCCAAAGCUCAAGCGGCUCUCGCCAUUCGAAUCCGCCUUCCGUACACCCCCGCCAACAUAUCGAGCUGAGAAUCCAGGCGUCGAGGUACCUCCACUUCGAAGGCCGCGUUCUGCAGCUUUCAAGACGAAUGAGGACCUCAGCUACAUGGGUACUAGCAGCCUUUUGGAGCAUAGCGACGACGAUUGCAGUACAAGAGCUAUACGUUUCAGCGUCCACUCUGAGGGAGCCACGAUACCAAUCGAUGAUAGGAGGAGAGCUUUCAUCACAAGUGCUCUGUGUCUGACAAGCUUCUUGACUGGUCUAGAGCUGGCGCUCACCAGUACCAUCCUGCCAGCCAUCGAGGACGAUAUAUCGGUAUCUACGACACAAUACUCAUGGAUUGGAGCUGCGCAAAUACUGGCCGGAGUGUGUCUAUUGCCGCUGUGGCAGACGAUCUCUGACAUAUUCGGGCGCAAGUGGAUACUCUCCGCGGGACUUUCUUCAUACAUUGCUGGCUGUUUGAUAUCGGCUCUAGCUCAGUUCGCACAUCAGCUCAUCCUCGGCCAAGCAAUCCGAGGCAUCGGAAUGUACUGUUUUUACGAGCUCGGAAACGCUGCCCUGACCGACGUCACACCUGCAGCUCAAAAGCGACAGUCGCAAGCCGUGACUUUGGCCUGCGUGUGCAUGGGAGCCUCCGUGUCUACCAUACUAGGAGGCUUGCUCUCCAACUAUGCCGGCUGGAGAUGUAAUUUCUACUUCUGCAUCGCGAUAGCGGCGCCUUGUCUUCUGGUGAUGUUGGUGUACUUUCCGGCUUCGAUUCCAGCUCAGCGCUCUAGCAAGAGAAAUAUCCUAUCCAUGGACUUUCUUGGUGCUUCUUUGGCUGGUAGUGGCGUGAUUCUAGUGUCACUCGGCUUGCAGCUUGGCGGGAUAACCUUCGGCUGGAGCUCUGGAAACACUAUAGGAUUUCUCACAGUUGGACUAGCGUGUUUGUUCGGGUUUCUCGUUCAGCAGUAUUUCACAUGGCAACCAAUAUUGCAGUACAGUCUCUUCAAAGACCUUACCACGGCUUCGGCUAUCCUGGUCAGCUUUACCCAUGGAUUUACGACUUUGGCCUGCUUCUACUACCUUCCUCUCUAUUUUCACCUGGCUCUGGCUGCUAGUUACAUACAGAUUGGGCUAUGGCUCUCUGCGACCGCGAUACCAUCUGGAAUUUUUGCGUUUGGCACAGCCGCGGCUAUCAAGAACACAGGUCAUCAUCGCCUGAUCAUCUUCAUUAGCACGGCUGCACUGACCAUGGCCUGUGGAUUCUUCAUUAUGUAUGCGUCUGACGACCGGGACUGGAUUAGGCUGAUUGUCUUCCAAUUGAUGAUUUCGAUUGGCAUUGGUAGCCUCUUUCCUGCCCUUCGAAUCAUCAUGCACAAUGCCGUUCCUUCCCCUCUUGUAGCGAGCUCUGCAGCCAUGUUGGAAUUUGUUCGAGGGUUUGGGUCUGUUUUGGGCAUCGUCGCUGGCCAGGUGCUGCUUCAAAACAAAAUCAGAGACCGUUCUGGUGAACUCCGCCGGGCCCACGUACCCGAACAUCGAAUGGACAACCUCUCUACGGACUGGAGGUCGUUUAGCGAUACUAUGCGGCUUACCCCAGAGAAGCAAGGUCUUCUCAAGGAGGUAUUUACGGAAUCCUUGAGCAAAGUCUGGAUCAUGUGCACUGUCGUUGCGGCUGUUGGGUUUCUCGCUGGAUUCUUGAUCCUGAAAACACGGCCUGACCAGCAACCGACGAUGCUCGCUACUACGGACCAUCACGAGAUGCAUGGGAGCAAUAGCGAUAAAGAUAUCGAUCUUUUGGUUCCGAACAGUGCCUUUGAAGCCUGA